AUGGCCCAACGCUCACUAUUCUGGUUUCUAGAUGAGGAUAAGAAGAAGUAUUUCCAAGUCCAGCCUGACCAUGUCGCGAAGCCUGGUGCACAAUACUCUGCCAAAGUGCUCAAGCGCAAGGCUAGUGACCAGAUAAGACGUGAACGAAAGGAAGAACUUGCCCAACGCACUGCCAAUGAGACGGUUACCAGAGGCGCCGCAUUGGCGCAGCCUUUGAUUACCGUUCAUCGAGAGAUCGGGCUUGAGAUGCCUGGUGGUGCAAUGCGUGAAAAGUAUUCUCGUCUCCAAGCCAGCCAGCUGCAUCGAGAGGAACUGCACAAGUUCGAACCAUGGCCGAAGGCAAAUAACAUCAGACAGAUUGUGCGCAACCCACGCUCGGGUACUUUGAUUGCCAGCAUGGCUCGCGGACAGGAGUCUUCGGUUUCGGUAUGCUUCCCAGAUACCGAAGACGAACAGUGGUCGUACAAUCACACGAUGGAGCGUCUUCUCUUCAAGGAGCCUUACAGGCUUGCCUCAAUGUCUCUCAGUCCCACUGACUGUUUGCUGGCAACAAUGGACGACGGCCCAGAUGGCGCAUGCUUCUUCUCUAUGCAUUGGCUUCCUGCUCCAGAUAACGAUGGUGGAUACAAUUGGCCAACAAUCGCUCAACCCACUCGUAUUGUGCCUGAUCACCCAAUGACUUUCUGGGACACUGCAGCUUGCCCUACAACAACAGACCCCACCUUUGCCAUUGCCGCUUCAGAGGGCCUCCACACCAUCCAUGGCGGCAAGAACGGCUGGCUUGUGAAGAAGCACGAAAUUGACACUGGACCAGGAUUACCCGGCAAGAAGAAAUACCGAUGGUCCGAAAUGAACAGCGUUUGUUCCGUUGAAUGGCUAAACCAAGAUGUGAUAAUGUCAGGUCGAAAGAACGGCGCCAUUCUCUUCAAUGAUCUACGCACCGGCUCAAGCACGAACCAUUUCCAGCACUCCGACUCGGCAAUGAAGAUUCGAAAAGUGGACGACUGGCGCUUUGUCGUCGCUGGGCCUCGCUAUCUACACAUGUUUGACCUACGCUAUGCCCCCAAUGGUGGCAUAGGUAUCAAGCGACACAAGAAUCCACUGGUAGCCAACGCGGACGCUACCCGGCCAUACCUGAUGUUCCCUGAUUACUUGCCCUUGUCCAUGCCAUCCCUGGAUGUCAGCGCUGGUCUGGGUCUUCUUGCCAACCCUUCCCCUGACAACACCGUCCAACUCUUCUCUCUACGGACUGGGCGACAGGUUCCCUCUCCCCUCAGCCAGCACACGUACGGGUCUGCUCCGAGCUGUGUGAGCUUUGAAGCUGGUAACGAUACGCCAUUGUGGAAGGGACCUGAGACUUUGAGUAUGCUGGUCGGCAUUGACGGCGUGGUGGAUCAGUGGAGUUGGUAG